AUGGAUGAGGAGGACGACGUGAUCGUGCUGGGCACGGGGCUCAAGGAGUGCAUCCUCAGCAGCCUCCUCUCCGUCGACGGCCUCAAGGUUCUAUACAUGGAUAGAAAUGACUACUACGGAGGAGAUUCCACCUCCCUAAACCUGAACCAGCUCUGGAAGAGGUUUAGGGUGGAAGAGAAGCCACCGGCACAUCUAGGUGCGAGCAGAUAUUACAACGUAGACAUGGUUCCAAAGUUUAUGAUGGCAAACGGAACUUUGGUUCGUACUCUCAUUCAUACUGAUGUGACGAAGUAUUUGUCAUUCAAAGCUGUUGAUGGAAGCUAUGUCUUCAGCAAAGGGAAGAUUCAUAAGGUUCCUGCCACUGACAUGGAGGCUCUUAAAUCUCAUUUGAUGGGUCUAUUUGAGAAACGUAGAGCAAGGAACUUUUUCGUUUAUGUCCAAAAUUACAAUGAAGCUGAUCCAGUAACGCAUCAGGGGUUGGACCUCACAAGGAUUACAACUAGCGAAUUGACUACAAAUUUGAGAAAAUACUUACAAAGAUGAAAGCCUGGACAAGGUAAUUUUCUCAUGUAACAAAGUUGUC